UCCGGCUCCGACUCCGACUCCGACUCCGAGGAGGACAAGCUUCCUGAGGAAGUGAAUAUUGAAUUUGAAGCACAUUCAAUAUCAGAUAAUGACUGUAAUGGUAUAAAGAAAUUACUGCAGCAGCUGUUUCUAAAGGCUCCUGUUAACACUGCUGAGCUGGCUGAUAUAUUGAUACAACAGAAUGCCAUUGGGAGUGUUAUCAAGCAAACUGAAGUUCAAGAUGACAGUGACGAUGAUGAUGAUGGUGAUGAAGAUGAGGUCUUCGGCUUUAUAAGCCUCUUAAACUUAACUGAAAGGAAGGGUACGCAGUGUGCUGAACAAAUUAAAGAGCUGAUUCUAAGUCGGUGUGAGAAGAACUGUGAACAGAGUAUGGUUGAACAGCUGGAUAAGCUCCUAAAUGACACCACUAAGCCUGUGGGCUUCCUGCUAAGUGAAAGAUUCAUUAAUGUACCACCACAGAUUGCUCUGCCCAUGCACCAGCAGCUUCAGAAAGAAUUAGCUGAAAUGCAGAAAACAAAUAAGCCUUGUGGAAAGUGUUACUACUACCUUCUGAUCAGCAAGACCUUUACAGAGGCAACCAAAAGCAAUUCUAAAAGGAGAGGGAACACGCAGCGAAAAGAGGAAUUAAUGUUUGCAAAUGCAGAGGAAGAAUUUUUCUAUGAGAAAGCUCAUCUGAAGUUCAGCUAUUCUGUGCAAGAAGAGAGCGACACGUGUUUGGGAGGCAGAUGGUCUUUUGAUGAUGUGCCAAUGAAACCUUUGAGGACUGUUAUAUUAAUUCCAGCUGAUAGGAUGAACGCAAUCAUGGAUAAACUCAAAGAAUAUCUCUCAGUUUAAACCAUUUCCUAUGAACAAUAUUUUUAAUAGCAAGUAUACAAAAUUAUAAGAUUUUUGAAUAGCUUCAGAAAAGUUCUUUGAUGUCAACAGUUUUGUAUUCCUCACUUACUUUAUAUAUUUUAAUUUGAUAUUUUAAAAUUCCAUGUCCUAAUGGACUUUGUCAUGAUGAAGCAUGCAAUAAAAAAGCCCUACAUUUGUAAA